AUGCGUGUUCGCUACAAUCCAAUUCGUUCUCUCAAUACACAUCCAUGUCGUUCUCUCCCAUCUCUCCAACCGAGAACUCGCGUCAUUCAACCCCGCCAUCUGGAUUCUUCCCCCACAAUUACAUCUCAAACGAGAAUAUACGAAUGGUGGGCUAAGAAAAUAAAGGGGGAGAAGAUUGUUCAUGGGAAGGGAAUUUCUAUUGCUUUGGCUGUAGGAGGGAUUAUUGGGGUUGUCGCGGAUGAGAAGAUUAGGGACAUUGUGUUGAGAAGAGGAAAGGGGGGUGAAGGAGGAGAUGGAGAUGGGGGGUGA